AUGAAGAUCCUCACCAAGGAAGAGGAAGAGGCCCACUACGCGGCUGUCGUCAAGGGCGGUCUCAUCGGAGGCACCAUUGGCAUCGGUGUCGGCGUUGGAGGCGUCCUCUUCGCCUCGCGACGAUACACAGCCUUCCGAGGCCUCACCAUCCCUUUCCGGACCUUCCUUGUCACCUCGGCCGGCACCUUUGGCGCCAUCAUCAACGCCGACCGCUGGUCCAUGGCCUUCCAGAAGGAGCAGAACCCCAUGAACUUCUACCAGGACGAGACCCAGCGCGUCCAGCAGAUCACGCGCGAGAACCAGACCGCCUACGAGCGCUUCAUGGAGUAUGGCAAGGAGAACCGCUACUCCAUCGUCUUCAUCUCGUGGCUCGCCUCCAUGGGCCUCGCCUUUGCCCUCGUCAGCCGCUCCCCCAUGAACACGGCCAACAAGGUCGUCCAGGCCCGUGUCUACGCCCAGGGCCUGACCCUCGCCGUCCUCAUCGUCUCGGCCGUCUUUGAGAUGAAUGACGCCAAGUCUGGCAGCGGCCGCUGGCAGACCGUCAUGGUCAUCGAUCCCGAUGACCCCGAGCACAAGCACCUCAUCGAGAAGAGGAUUCACAAGGAGGAGUACGAGGGACAGGAUCUCUGGAAGGACAUGGUUGCCGCUGAGGAGCGACGAUUAGCUGCCAAGAAGGCUUCCGAGACCAAGAUCUAA